GAAUGCUUAGAGGUGGAAGAAUGAAUGCAUCAAGAAAUGGCUGCUUAUUCCUAUUCUUCCUCUUAUCCUUACUCCUUCCCAUUAAAAGGAGUUUCAGUGCAACAGACACCAUAACUACAGCUCUGUCUCUACAUGAUGGUGGUGAUGAGACCAUUGUUUCGUCGCCUAAUGGAACCUUCGAACUAGGGUUCUUCAGUCCCGACAAAACGAAAAACCGAUAUGUAGGCAUAUGGUACAAGAACAUAUCUGUCAGAACAUAUGUCUGGGUUGCCAACAGAGAAGCCCCUCUAUAUAAUACAACAGGGAUCCUUAAGGUCAUCAAACCGGGAAUUCUAGUUCUUGUGAAUGGUAGUAAUGGUGUUGUGUGGUCAACUAAUAGCUCAAGGUCAGUGAAUGAUCCAAUAGCACAGUUACUGGAUUCUGGGAAUCUUGUAGUAAGAGAUGCAGAUGAUGGGAAUCCACUCAAUCCAGAGAAUUCUGUCUGGCAGAGUUUUGAAUAUCUGACGGAUACAUACUUACCGGGCAUGAAUUUAGGGUGGGAUUUUGUGACAGGGCAUGAAACAUACCUGUCAUCUUGGAAGAACCAUGAAGAUCCAGCUCCUGGGGAGUUCACCUAUCGGGUUGAUCGAAAUGGCUAUCCACAGAAUGUGUUGGAAAGAAGGUCAGUCCUGCAGUACAGAGCUGGGAUGUGGAAUGGUUUGCGGUUUACUGGAUCACCAAACUCGAGACACAGUCCCUUCUACAGAAUUGGAUUUGUGUUUAAUCAGAAACAAGCAUACUUCACUAAUCAGCUCCUUGGUCCAGUCCUCACCAGGGCUGUUCUGAAUCAGAACGGCGUUCUAGAACGCUGGAUUUGGAUUGACCGCACCCAGGACUGGAUUCUUUACCUUGAGUCACCAACAGACAACUGCGAUACUUACAAGCUGUGCGGUGCAUAUGGCAGCUGCGACAUACAAACUUCCCCAGUCUGUGGAUGUCUGGACAAGUUUGAGCCCAGACAUCCCGAGGAUUGGCUUAGGGCAGAUUGGUCAGGCGGUUGUGUUCGCAGGACAGCUCUUAACUGCACCGAAGGAGACAAGUUUCUCAAGUACUCUGGUAUCAAAUUGCCAGACACACAGAAAUCUUGGUUCAAUCAGACUAUGACACUCGAAGAAUGCAAGGCACUUUGCACCAAAGAUUGCUCUUGUAUGGCUUACUCAAACAUUGAUAUACGCAAUGGAGGAUCGGGGUGUUUAAUGUGGUCUGAUGAUCUACUAGACAUUAGAGUGAUACCCAUGGGAGGGCAAGACAUCUAUAUUAAAGUGGCAGCUUCUGAAAUAGUCACCCAAGAAGGAUCAAAUGGAAAGAACGGAAAGAUAAUCAUCAUUAUCCUGCCAUUAUUAAUUGGAAUAGUUCUGCUAAGCCUGAUUCUGGUGGUUUAUUGUAGAAGAAGGAAGAAGGGUUCAGAGCUCAGAAGUACAGGAACUUCAAGGAGGCCUAGUUACAACUACGAACAUAGCAAUGAAAACCAAAAUGAUGAGAUUGAGCUAACAGUAUUUGACUUAGCUUCUAUAAGUAAAGCUACCAACAACUUUGAGCUCAAGAGCAAGCUCGGAGAAGGAGGCUUUGGACCUGUUUACAAGGGUGUCCUAGGAGGACAGGAAAUAGCAGUGAAGCGCCUCUCACAAACAUCUACACAAGGACCCAUGGAGUUCAAGAAUGAAGUAGAGUACAUUGCAAAACUUCAGCAUCGUAAUCUAGUGAAGAUGUUAGGCUGCUGCAUUGAUGGAGAGGAAAAAUUGUUGAUCUAUGAGUACAUGCCAAAUGGAAGUCUUGAUACAUUCAUAUUUGAUGAGUCAAAAAGCAGGUUGCUAGAUUGGCCUAAACGCUUCCAAAUUAUCAAUGGGAUUGCUAGGGGACUCAUGUAUCUUCAUCAAGAUUCUCGAUUGAGGAUCAUUCACAGAGAUCUCAAAGCUAGCAACAUUUUGUUAGAUGACAAUAUGGAGCCCAAGAUAUCAGACUUUGGCAUAGCAAGGUGUCUUUUGGGGAAUGAGAUAGAAGCCAAGACAAACCGAAUAGUUGGAACAUAUGGCUACAUUUCACCGGAAUAUGCAGUACAUGGGCUCUACUCAGUAAAAUCAGAUGUAUUUAGCUUCGGAGUCUUGGUUUUAGAGAUUAUAAAGGGGGAGAGGAAUACAAAAUUCUUUCUUCAUGAUCAAGGCAUCAAUCUUCUCGGACAUGCAUGGAAACUCUAUAAAGAAGGAAGGUCAUUGGAACUACUUGAGCCACAUCUAAGUUCCACACACACUAUGUCAACAUCCGAAGUUCUACGGGCAAUUCAUGUGGGACUAUUGUGUGUGCAACAACGUCCAGAAGACAGGCCAGGCAUGUCUUCUGUGAUUCUAAUGCUGAAUAAUGAAGGCGUGUUGCCUCAAGCUAAACAGCCAGGUUUUUUCACAGAAGACAAUGGUGCCUAUUGUUCUAACUCAUCAACAACUAGGAUCACCAUUACAACAUUAGACCCGCGCUAGAAAGUGCACAAAUCCUACUCUUGAAAAUGUAAAUACCUUAUCCUUGCAAAGGUGAGUCUUCGGUAUCAUGCUUCACUCAUAGAGUAAUUUUAUCAAACAGAUAGCAGGCACAGAGCUUUAAACGUUUUGAUUAAAUCUUUUUAUCCAAACAUUUACAAAUCAAGCAUAUUGCUAACAUGUAAACCUAACCAGAAAUAUUCACGUGAUGAAGUAUAAAGAAGCUUACACUGAAGCAACUAUUUCCA